CAGCUCAGCGGCCUGCACAGUAACCGGUGAACCCUUGCUCUCAAACUGCAACUGCUCGGCGCAGUCAUUGCUUUCCAUCUGUUGCCUUCCCUUCAGCGCCUGCAUCAGAACAGCGUUGUGCUUGGACUCUGAAUAUCCGUCUGAUCUCUGCAAUGACCGUCGACGCAGAACACCAUCCCGUCUACCGCACAGGCUUCGCGUUCCUCGUUCUCGCGUGCGCCGCCGCCAGCUACUUUUCGCGCGACCAGCCGGCAGACACAAAUGCUGCCGAGGACAAGGCUAGCUUUAAGAGCAGUAAGGAUGAUCUCGACUCGGGCUUGGAGGCAGGCGAGGGUGAACUGCCAAGCCCUUCCUCCUUGAAGGAAGGCUCGGCAUUCAAACUCUUCCAGAAGAACUAUUUGCUUGUGUAUGGCCUUGUCAUGACCGCUGACUGGCUUCAGGGGCCCGCAACCUACCCCCUCUAUCAGUCGUAUGGCUAUGAGCUAGACCAGAUCGCAGUCUUGUUUGUAGUUGGGUUCUUGUCAUCGGCUAUCUUUGGCACCAUUCUUGGUUCCCUGGCCGACAAAGCAGGACGCAAACGAGCUUGUCUGCUGUUCUGCGCGGUUUACGCCGCCUCGUGCAUAACCAAAUUGAGUUCCAACUACGCCGUCCUCCUGUUCGGACGUUUGUUGGGAGGUAUCUCUACAUCCCUCCUCUUCUCCGUAUUUGAGGCCUGGAUGGUGAGCGAGCAUCAUUCUCGAGGUUUCCGGGAGAGCUUACUGUCCGACACGUUUGCAUGGGCCAUCUUCUUGAAUGGUCUGGUUGCGAUUCUUUCGGGACUCUUGGCCCACGCGCUGACGUCAAUGUGGGGCGAGGUGUCCCCGUUCAUGGGAUCAAUGGCAUUCCUCGUCGCCGCCGCUUUCGUUAUCCAACCGACAUGGCGAGAGAACUACGGAAGUAAUGAUAAAAACGAGGGCACGAGCACCUCCAUACUUGAUGUGAUGAAGCUCAUUUUGAAAGAUCAAGAUAUCCUUGCGGUCGGCAUUAUGCAAUGUCUUUUCGAGUCUGCUAUGUACACGUUCGUGUUUUUGUGGAGCCCGGUAUUAAAGGAUGCCGCUUUGCGGACCCUGCCAGCCGGUCAGGAGUUCAAAGGUCCUCCCGUACCCUACGGUCUCAUCUUCGCCGCGUUUAUGGUCUCCAUCAUGCUCGGUUCCGUAGCCUUCAAAGUUCUUCUCCGGCGCGGCAUGAAACACGAGGACAUUGCACGAAUCACAUUCGGCCUCGCCGCAUUCGCUCUCGUUGUUCCAGUAUUUGUCUCCGACGAACCCACAGUCUUCGUAACCUUCAACCUCUUCGAAUUCUCCUGCGGGCUCUACUUUCCCACACUCGGCACCCUGCGAUCAAAGCUGGUCCCAGAAGAGACGCGGUCGACCGUCAUGAACGUGUUCCGCAUUCCGCUGAACCUCAUCGUGGUGGUCGCGCUGCUCAAAGUGCAUGAGAUGAACUCGUCCACGUUGUUUGCGAUAUGCGGCAUGCUUGUCGCAGUGAGCUUCGUGUUCUCCAUUCGCCUUCGUGCCCGACUGUUAGGUAAGGGAAGUAGGUCCACGGUCGUGUGGACGCGCGUGGACGGCGACGCUGGUGCUACCCAUUAGCUGAGUAUGGAGUUACGUAGCUGUCUCCGGCGCCUCCUUUCUCGGUAUAUAUUUAAACGCGGACUUGGCGGACUUGAUUUUCGAAAUGUGAGAAAU